UUUAUCAUAUUGCCUAAUUAUUUUUUACUUUUCGGACUUUCGAUGUAAUCAUUCGCUUUUUUAAUAUCUACUUUAGUAAAAAGCGUAAAUAAAAGUUAUACUUUUUCAUAUUUUUUUGUGCUUUUUGCAGUUAUCCUCCAAGUGUUUAUAAACCAGCCGUUUUUAGGCAUAAUUCCGAACCUUUAUGACAUAAAUAGGGAUUCUUUUACUACUUUUAUAUUGAUUUUGUUACAUUUAUACUCUCCGUUUAAUUUCACGCUUCUUUUUUACAUUAUAGGGCAAAAAGCAGGCAAGAAAUAUGACUAUAAUUUCCAAAUGUGGAUUUAUGGAAAUGGAUAUGGAAUCAAAGAUUUUUUCUAAGAGAUGGCUUUGUAAUAAAAAAAUGUUUCUUUUAAAAUACCUAGUGGGGUAUUUGUGUUUUUUUUAUUAUUUUGCAAUUUCUGUAUAUAUAUGGGUUUAGGGAUUUAUUUUGAUGCUGUUUUGGAAGGAAAUCGUGGUAUAAAGUUGCCUUGGAAUUAUUUUAUUAAAAAUUUUUUUAUUUUUUUUAAAAAAAAAAAUGGUCAUAAAAAUAAAUCAUUACUUCUUUUAUUAUAAUAAUCAAACGAUGCAGAAAUUAAUGAUUAAAAUGAAGACAGUAUAGAAGAAAAUUAAAAAGAACAUUUAACAGUAUAAUUAGAAAGAAAUAACGUAUAUAAUACUUUAUAAUAAGAAGAAUAAGAUGUUUAAAAAAACGACAUUUUUUCAAUAAAAAUAGUCGAUUUAUGUAAAAACUUUAUCUUAAGAAAAAAUAGAUAAAUAAGAGCUUUACAAAACGUGACUUUUUAAAUAAAAAAAAACGAGAUUUUUGCACUUUUAGGUCAUAAUGGAGCUGGCAAAAGUACACUUUUAAAUAUUAUUUCAGGCUAAAUAAAAUAAACUAGUGGCAAUAUAUUUUUUGGAGAUAUGGAAAUUAUAGAAUAUAAUAAUAUAAAGGAAAUUUAAUAAAAAAUGGGUUUUUGUCCUUAGUUUGAUAUUUUGUGGGAAAAAAUCACUGCCAGGGAACAUUUGAAGAUUUUUGGGCGAAUAAAGGGAAUUCAAAAAAAUAUAUUAGAUUAGAAAAUAGAUGAAAUAUUAUCCAAAAUUAAACUAGAAAAUUUUCAAAAUGUGCAAUCAGGAAAAUUUUCAGGAGGAAUGAAAAGGCGGCUUUCCAUAGCAAUUUGUAGCCUAGGUAAUCCUCUUGUAAUUCUUUUAGAUGAACCGACUACUGGCUUAGACGUGAAUGUAAGGAAGGAUAUAUGGGAGCUUAUAUAAGAACUAAGAUAGGAUAAGUGUAUUAUUUUAUGUACUCAUUCAAUGGAAGAAGCGGAUAUUUUGAGUGAUAGAAUCGGCAUUUUAUCUAAAGGUUAGCUUAAAUGUGUAGGAAAUUCCCUUUAUUUAAAAAAUAUAUUAGGUGGAGGUUAUAAAAUGAUUAUUUAGGUAAAAUAAUAGUAGAAGGUAUAAUAAGUGGUUUAGUUUUUUUAAGAUUUUAUGGGAUUUAAGUAAUUCGAAGCGGAUAUAUUAGAGAAUAAAAUAUGCUUUAAAUUAGGAGAUUAGGAGUAGGUGAAGAAAGCUUUUUAGGUUUUUAAAGAAAAACGAAUGUUAGGUAAUAUUUGGGAGUUUGUGGAUGAUUUUGGAAUUUAAAAUGCGAGUAUUGAAGA